CUUUUUUUGCUGCGCGCGCUGUCUAAUCUGCGUUCUGAGGGCUGGCUGCUGAGACGAGCAAACCUUCCCUAGACCCGCGGGGUAGUGCGGGAGGCCACCGGUUCAAGGGUCGUCCGUGAACUCUGGUCCGUUUCUCCGGCGUCACGGGGAAUAAAUCUCUCGAAGCCGACUGGUCCUGUCCCGAAAGGGGGCAGAUAUUCAGGACCCCUUCAUCUUCCUUCCAGUGGACAGCGAGCCCGGCAUCUUUGGCGUCGGUGGUUGGCAGUUUUUCCAGGUGCUUGCUACAUUGAAAAAUGGCAACUGGACAGGACCGGGUAGUUGCCCUACUGGACAUGGACUGUUUUUUUGUUCAAGUGGAACAGCGGCAAAAUCCUCAUUUGAGGAAUAAACCUUGUGCGGUUGUACAGUACAAAUCAUGGAAGGGUGGUGGAAUAGUUGCAGUGAGUUAUGAAGCUCGUGCAUUUGGGGUCACUAGAAGCAUGUGGGCAGAUGAUGCUAAGAAGUUAUGUCCAGAUCUUCUACUGGUACAAGUUCGUGAGUCCCAUGGGAAGGCUAACCUCACCAAGUACCGGGAAGCCAGUGUGGAAGUGAUGGGGAUAAUGUCUCGUUUUGCUGGGAUUGAACGUGGCAGCAUUGAUGAGGCUUAUAUAGACCUGACCAGUGCUGUACAAGAGAGACUACAAAAGCUACAAGGUCAACCUAUCUCAGCUGAGCUGUUGCCAACCACCUACAUUGAAGGGUUGCCCCAAGGCCCUACAACAGCAGAAGGGACUGAUCAGAAAGAGGAGACGCGAAAACGAGGCUUAUUUCAAUGGCUUGAGUCUCUUCAGAUUGAUAACACCACCUCUCCAGACCUGCAGCUCACUGUUGGAGCCGUGAUUGUGGAGGAAAUGAGAGCAGCCAUAGAGAAGGAGACGGGUUUUCAGUGUUCAGCUGGAAUUUCACACAAUAAGGUCCUGGCAAAACUGGCCUGUGGACUAAACAAGCCCAACCACCAGACCCUGGUCUCACAUGGGUCAGUCCCACAGCUCUUCAGCCAAAUGCCUAUUAGCAAAAUCCGUAAUCUUGGAGGAAAGCUAGGUGCCUCUGUCAUCGAAAUCCUGGGGGUGGAAUACAUGGGUGAACUGACUCAGUUCACUGAAUCCCAGCUCCAGAGUCAUUUUGGGCAGAAGAAUGGAUCUUGGCUAUAUGCCAUGUGCCGUGGGAUUGAACAUGAACCAGUUAAACCCAGGAAACUACCUAAAACCAUUGGCUGCGGCAAGAACUUCCCAGGAAAGACGGCCCUGGCUACUCGCGAACAGGUACAAUGGUGGCUUUUGCAAUUAGCCCAUGAACUAGAGGAGAGACUAACCAAGGACCGAGAUGAUAAUGACAGGGUGGCCACCCAGUUGGCUGUGAGCAUUCGUGUACAAGGAGACAGACGUCUCAGCAGCGUGCGCCGCUGCUGUGCCCUUACCCGCUAUGACGCUCACAAGAUGAGCCACGACGCGUUUGCCGUCAUCAGGAACUGUAACACUUCAGGGAUCAAAACUGACUGGUCCCCUCCCCUCACAAUGCUCUUCCUCUGUGCUACCAAAUUCUCUGCCCCUGCCCCUUCAUCUUGCACAGACAUCACCACCUUCUUGAGCAACGACCCAAGUUCUCUGCCAAAGGUGCCAGUUACCAGUCCAGAAGCUAAGACCCAGGGAUGUGGCCCAGCAGUGACAGCCACUAAGAAAGCAACCACUUCUCUGGAAUCAUUCUUCCAAAAAGCUGCAGAAAAGCAGAAAGUCAAAGAAGCUUCACUGUCAUCUCUUACUGCCACUACCCAGGCCCCCAUGAGCAAUUCACCAUCCAAGCCCUCCUUACCUUUCCAAACCAGUCGUAUUACGGGAACUGAGCCCUUCUUUAAGCUGAAGAGUCUACUUCUAACACAGAAACAGCCUAAUAAUCCUUCAGUUUUCUUCACUCCACAAAAUCCACAGUCCAGCUGUAAAGAGUUAACAAACUGUCUUCCAGCGGAGUGUCCAGACUGCACCCCUGUCUGUCAAGCAGCAUUGAAGCUAGGAUCCUCUAAAACAACUCCUACAGAGAUAGAUUUGGCCCAGAACAGCCCAAGCAGGCUUGCUUCUUUAACUUCCAGCUCUGCUCUGGAGGUGGCUCAGAAAUCAACUACUACCCCAAUUCCUAUGGCAGCUGAGGACCAAGUGCCCUGUGAGAAGUGUGGCUCUCUGGUACCUGUAUGGGAGAUGCCAGAACAUAUGGACUAUCAUUUUGCAUUGGAGUUGCAGAAAUCCUUUUUGCAGCCCCACUCCUCAAACUCACAGGCUGUUCCUGCCAGUUCUCCUCAAAGCAAAAGAAAUCCCAAGAGCCCUUCAGCCUCCAGUAAUAAACGCCCUAGGCCUGAGGGCAUGCAGACAUUGGAAUCAUUUUUUAAGCCAUUAACACACUAGUGCUGCCCUCAGGCUUGUUGCAGGGUUUUAAUAGUUUACCUGUAAACUAGGAGGUGGAAAUAUGCUCACUUCGCAAGGAAAUCUGUAACUUUAUGAAAUUUUUAGUAAGAGAAAUAAUCCAGUUAGAUGCGGAGUUGAAACUCCCAUCUCUUCACAUGCAUGGAUCCCAAUUCCAUUGCCGACAGAGAUGUAAAAACUAACUUAUCUUGCAGAUUAUCACUGCUUUGAGUUUUUUAAGAUUUUAUUUAUUAGAGAGAAUGAGAGAGAGAGAGAGCAUGAGAGCAGGGAGGGUCAGAGGGAGAAGCAGACUCCCCGCUGAGCAGGGAGCCUGAUGUGGGACCCAAUCCUGAGACUCCAGGAUCAUGAUCUGAGCCGAAGGCAGUCACUUAACCAACUGAGCCACCCAGGCACCCCUGCUUUGAGUUUUUAAUCAUCAGAGUUUAGGGAGGCGGUGUCAGAGUACAAAUGUGUGGGCCUCGAAGCCUAGGAGAGGCACUUUCCUCAACUGAUAAACCUUACAGAUUAUGGGAGAUUAAGGACAGUGUAUUUAAAGUGCGUGGCUUAAAGAUGGCACAAAAUAGGAACUAAGAAAAAAAACGUUUUUUUUUUGAAAUUUUCCCCAAGCUUUGUGACGGGGGCAGUUCAGGUAAUGCUUUGACCAAAAUGUGAGGUUUGAGAACAUGAGGUGAAGACCUGAAACCCUAAAGUGAUAACUAGUUUAGGGUAGGGCUCUGUACACAGAAGCUACUCAAUAAAUACUGCAUUUCAUACAAGUAAAUCCUGUUAUGGCCACAGUUUUAGCCACUGGCCCUUCUACCUCUUGCAUUUGGUCUAGUGUAGAAUGAGAUUGUUAAUGGACCAGUUCAGGAACUCUGUUUAGAUUGGGUAAGUCAUGCUCAGAACUAGAUCAUCUCUAGAAUCUUCCUAGGCUGAGUGUGAUUUUGAAGAACAGCAGCAUCAGGGUCAUCAGGGAACUUGUUAGAAAUUGUCUUAGCCUUGGGGCGCCUGGGUGGCUCAAUCGUUAGGCGUCUGCCUUCGGCUCAGGUCGCAAUCCCAGCUGGGGUGCUGGGGUGCUGGGGUCCUGGGAUCGAGCCCCGCAUUGGGCUCCCUGCUCUGCGGGAAGCCUGCUUCUCGCUCUCCCACUCCCCCUGCUUGUGUUCCCUCUCUCGCUGUCUCUGUCGAAUAAAUAAAAUCUUUAAAAAAAAAAAAAAAGUCCCAGCCUUACCCCCAUUCCUACUGAAUCAGAAUCUGUAUUUUAACAGGAUUCUCCAGGGUGUUUGAGAAAUACUGAUCUAGAAGAUGCCGUGGCCAGCCAGGUUUGUAGAGGGCAAUGACAUUUACUUAAACCCUAAAGUACAAACUUAAGAGGUAGUGCUUGGCUUUCAGGGUCACUGGCAUGUUCCUCUCUUCCCUUCUGAUGUCUGAAUAUUUAGCUUAGGGUUUAUUGUAGCUUUCUGCACUUGUCCGUGUUUAUAGUACUGUGUUCUUAAUCUGCAUUCUUCUAUGUGGAAAAUCAGCUUUUUUGAUAUGGGAAACCUUGUGUUACACAGAGAACUCAACUGAAGAUGAAUUGAACUAGGUGGUGUUGGGGGAAGUGAGUAGAAGAAUGGUGUACGUAUCCCUCCUCUCAUACAUAAUACACAAACCAACUGCUUUUCAAACUUAUUUAUAAAUUGUGGGGUCUGUAUUUGGUUUGAAGAAGGGGGCAGCAUUUGAAGAAUGCUGAGUGUAGCAGAAAAUUACUUCUUCAUUCAAAAAUAUUUUCCUCUUGUAGCAGUUGAAUACCGUGUACCUGGCCCUUUCCUACUAGUAGAUUUGUAGUUUCUUGAGGGCAAGAAUUCUUCACAGUGCCUUGCACAUAAUAGGUGCUUGAGAUUCACUGGAUGAAACAUAUGUAGUAAAUAAUUUUAGAUGGAUUACUGGAACUGGGAGUAAAAAUGUACAUGCCACUGGUGUGGUGCUAGGGGGGCUGCUUUAUACAUCUUUCUAUCCUCCUAAAUGUUCCAUUAAUGUAUCAAGGUAUAACUCACUGGUUCCUGAAGAUGUCUUACUAAAUACUGGUAUCAUGGGACACCUGCGUGGCUCAGUCGGUAAAAGCGCCUGCCUUCAGCUCAGGUCAUGAUCCCUCAGUCCUGGGAUCGAGUCUCGCCUGCUGCUCUCUCUGCCUGCCCCCCGCCCCCAACUUGUGUGUGC